AUGAGGAGGAGCCCAAGAAUCUCAGCACUUGAUGCUUGUAAGCCCCCAAAACAACAAAUACAGAACAAGAAGAAGACCAACAAGAAGAGGAAAUUUGAUGAUUAUGAUGAUAAUAAUAAUAAUAAUCAUGUUUCACCUUUUGCUUCUGUCUCUAAAUUAGCAAAGCAAGUUUGGAAGGGUAGAGACAAUCCACUAGUGGAUGCAGGAGAAUCGGAUCACUCACUUGAUUGCAUUGACUGGAGAUCUAUUCGAGUGUCUAAACAAUCUCAAAACCAUCAUAUGAAUAAUCAUGCCAAAACAUCAGUAAUGCCAGCCAAGCAUUUACUUGAGCUCGUUCUCGACACUCUACAAAGGAGAGAUACUUACGAAAUAUUUGCUGAACCAGUUGAUCCAAAUGAGGUUGAGGAUUACUGUGAAAUCAUCAAGGAGCCUAUGGAUUUUGGGACAAUGAGGGCUAAACUCCACGAAGGGAUGUACAAAACUCUUGAACAAUUUGAGCACGAUGUGUUUCUGAUACCAGAAAAUGCAAUGCAUUUCAAUUCGUCAACCACCGUUUACUUUAGACAGGGUCGUGCUAUACAUGAUCUAGCUAGUAAGGUAUUUGAUGUCCUUAAGACGGAUCCUGAAAACUUUGUAUCUGAAUUUUCGGGGACAAGAAGGAGGUCUAUGAGAAAAACUCUGAGCAGCCACAAUAAGGAUUCUAUUGCCAAAUUACGCGCUGAUGAUGUUUCUUUAAAGGGAACUCUAUUGCAUUCUCCCUCAACAUCAACAUUUCCUAACAAGAACCUUUCUUGUGCUGGAGCAACCAAUAAUUAUCAUGCACGAAACAUCUUCACUGGAGGUAGAGAUGGAAAAAUACCGAAUAGUCAGGCAGCAGAUAGCCUUUCCACAUAUGAAAAGGAUCCUAUUGGUUGGAUGUAUCACAACAGUUACAAGAAGCUGUUUCUGAUGAAUGAGAGAGAUAUCAGGUACAAAGAAAGCUUAAUGUCAUACGUGAAAGGUUUAGGACCAAUAGCAAAAAUGGUAGCAAAGAGGAAGCUACAAGCAAUGCACCAUGAAUCCAAGAAUACAAAAGAUGCUUUUGAUGCCGAUUGUGCUAGUCCAUUUAAGACAUUCCGUGACUUUGCUCCUGCCACCAAUCCGUUCCUUAACAAGGCCAAAGACAUAAUUGAUUUGACAAAUGAAGAAACAAAAUAUAAUAAUAUGAAAGAGAAAACCGAUGUUACACUGAUAAACACCAGCAUCAGCAGGGGAUUGAUUAAUACAGAUUUGAAUUGUUCGAGCAGCAGGAAGAGGAAGAGGCAUAGCAACAACCGGAGGGUGCGACCAGUUAUACUAGCAUUAGAGAAUAAUAGUGUUGCUGAAUAUAAAACAAGAAAUAAGAAGAGUUGCAUUGAUGUUCCGAUCAGGCGGAAUGGACCUCAGAGUGAAGCCACCACUAGUAAUGCUACAGCUGGUGCACUCGUCACCACCAACAGCAGCACCUUAGCUCCAUUGUCGUUGCCGUCGAACAAUAGCUCUCCAUUCACUUUUGAUCUUCCCUUCUUAAAAGCAAGGCUAAACCAGAUGAAUGCAUCCAACAACAAGAAUAGGCCGUCUUCUGGACGAGGACUUGUUGACAUGGCGCCAUUCAACUCCACACGCCAAUCUGCUCAUUCAAUACCCACCACUAUUAACCAUUUCCUGUUCAACCAAUCGAACCCCACCCCGCCAUCACAAUCAUUUGAUUCUUCUAACUUACCACUUAACCCUUUUUUCAAUUCUACUACUUUGUAA